CUAUCCGCGACACGUCUUUCACACCGCCAAUCUGGCGCCGAUCAGCCAUGGGUGACGUCCUUCGAGCAGCACCAACAGAGGAACUGAACGGAGUUGGUGCCGGGAUCUCUUUGUACGAGCUGCACGAGGCGGUGGAGAAGCAUUUCGAGUUGCAAGGUGAACAGCUGCAGCGAAUCAGUCUUCAGCUGGAGGCCCUGGCAGCGUCGCCUUCUGCGCCGCAGAAGAACUCCGUUACACUGAAGGUGCGGGGAGUGCUGAGUACACCUGGUGAAUCUGAAGACCACUCGCUGGAUGUACCCCAGCGGGACUCCCUCCAGGCGCAGCGGAAGAUCCUGCGCGGUCGCCAGGUGAGUCCCACUCCACCGGAACGCCCGGGUGACCGCGACGGCGACUCGUGCGAGGAGACGCCCGAAGCGCCACGGCCCAGUCCCGAGGCCUCCGCGAGCCUGCGCAUCGUGGAGCGCUCUGAAGAACGAGUCCGACUGAAACGUCAGAGUCAGCACUCGCAGGACUCCUCCUGUUUACCGUCCCUGUGCUCCGAUGAACCCGCGGAGUUGUCACACCGCAUGAGCCGCGAGAAGCCGGCACACUGGGCCACCACUUCGACCAACACCUUCGUUGGGCAGGAGGUGCACCGGCAGCAGCAAUCGGCACGGAUGGCCGCCAGAAAGUUGACUGAUCAAAAGUUGAGCAGUGUGGUGUAUUGGUCUCAGAGGCCAAAGGACAACAAUGUCGCGUAUCAGGUCGUUAGCUCCUCAUGGUUCGUCUACGGCAUCUCUGUGGUGAUCCUGAUUAAUAUGAUCUUGCUGGGCUUCGAGGUAAAUCUCGCGGCUGCAGUUGGCCAGGAGAGUGUGCCAUUAUUUUUUGGCGUAGCCAACGCGACGGCUGUGGGGAUCUUUGUUAUUGAGCUGAUGCUCUCUUUCAUCGCCUUCGGGAUCAGGAGAUUUUUCUGUGGUGCCGACCGAAUUUGGAAUCUGUUUGACUUCUGCAUCAUCACCUUGUCGGUGCUGGAGACGGCCACCGAACUCUGGGCCCGCGCCACCGUCAACGUCGGUGACUCCCAGGUGAGCACGUCUCAGCUUCGCUUCUUCCGCUCGGUGCGCCUCGCGCGCGCCUUGCGUGGUGUGCGCAUGGUGCGGCUCUUGAGGUAUGUGGGUGCUUUAAGGACUUUGGUGCUCUCCAUCGCCAGCAGCAUGGCAUCCUUGCUCUGGACUCUGGUGCUGUUGGUCCUCAUUUGCUACACCUUUGGCAUCAUGUUUACCCAGAUGGUCUCUGACUAUUGCCGCUAUGAGUUGGGUUUUUCCACGAUGCAGAGCUGUACGCCGGUGGUUGGGGUCUACUGGUCAAGCCUGGAGGAGAGUAUGUUGACGCUCUUCAUGACCAUCUCUGGUGGAAUCAACUGGGGCGAGACCUUCAGACCCUUGAUCGAUGCUCGGGCGAAUGUGGCGAUGUGGAAGACGAUGUGGAGCGAAGCUGUGUUUUCGGGAGUUGGAUGGUUUGCGAUGGUGUGCCAUAUCAUUUUCAUCACCAUCGCCGUGCUGGCCGUGGUAAACGUCGUGACGGGAGUUUUCUGCACAACCGCGAUGGAGAGCGCGGCUGCAGAUAAGGAAAUUGCGACAAUGAAACAACUUCAAAAGAAGAACGCGCAACUUCAAGACCUGCGGGACGCCUUCGCAGAGAUUGUGGAUAGCGAAUCCAACACGGUGAACAUCGAGGACUUUUCCAAGGCCAUGAGCAGCGCGCGCUUCCGACAUUUCUUGGAAUCCAUGAGCAUCUCCACCACGGACAUUGACAUCCUUUUCACCAUUAUCGACACUGAUCAGAGCGGUUUGAUCGACCUCGAGGAGUUUGUCCAAGGUUGUCUGCAACUACACGGACCGGCCAAGAGCUUGCAAUUGGCACGCAUGAGCUUCGAGAAUAAGAUCACCCGCAAGGCGAUGAAAUCCAUGGCAUCCAGCCUUCUGCAGCUGGAGGAGCAGCUCAAGAGGUGGCCUCCGGUGGAGCGAGCGGAGCAAGCGGAACGAGGGCGAAAGCGACACGUGAAGAGCAUUUGAUGUGCAGCUGGGAGAUGCCCGUGGCGGUCCUGGCGCUCCACCGACCCGCUGAGCGCGGCGCAGUUCCACUCGUUGGCUCGGUCCAUCCCGGUCGAGUGCGCGGUGCGCCUUUGUGGUGAAGCUGUAUGGAAAC